AUGGGUUUUUCUAAUCACUUAACCUAUUUUCUGGCUGCUGGUGCUGUUGCUUUUGGAAUUGGUUUCUUUGCUUUUGGGUCAGCUUUGUGGUUCCUGAUUUGCAAACGAAGAGAAAUAUUUCAAAGUUCAGCUGAUGAGGGAUGCAGCCAAAAACCAUCAGAAGUGGAAAGUAAAUCUGAUUCUCAGUGUGUUUUUAUUUCUCGAAAUUUUCAUACUGGAAUAUUCCAAUUACAGGAGGAGCAAAGAAAAAAGGAAACAGCACAUAUAAAAGCAAGUAAAGAUCACUCUAAAGAUGAAUUCUGCUUUGCAACAAAAAAGGUCAUUUGUGACCCCUCAGAGACUAGCUCAGCAACAAAUAGCAGCAAUGUAGCCUUAAGCUUAUCAACAGAACCAUCUGAGUCUUAUUACAGCGAAACUAUAGAAGCAGCUGAUGACUGGUUUUCUGAUGAUUCUCUAGUGAAAAAGAGCUCUCCAGUGCCUUUUCUCAGGGAACCUCUAAUGGAAAAAGUAGUUUCUUACUUGUCAACCAUUCCAUUAGAAGAAUGUACGAAUAUGACACUUUAUGAUGAUAAAAAAGAUGACAGCAUUAAAGAAAUAUUUUCAGAA